CCGAGGCCGACCGCCUCCAGCGCCUCAUCCAGAGGCAAGAAACCGUGGACGCUGUCCGCACCAACCCACUUCAGAAGCUCGCUAUCAACGAGUCCCUCAUGUCCCUCCUCCUCACUCUCGAUUCCGUCCCCGGAUUCGAUCCAACGGUCAGGGAAGCUCGCCGGAAGAUAACACGCCGGAUCGUGAGCCUCCAGGAGAUCCUGGACUCCGUGUCCGAGUGCAAGUUCGAUGAAUGGGGUUGGUGGAACAGUUACGACGACGUUUUGGUGAGGAAUUGGGACCAGGUGAUUGAAGACAUGGAAGAGAGUGUUUGCAGGGAGAGAGGUGGCGAUGAUAUGGAUAAGUUCUGCGCCCAAUAUUUAGGGUUCCGCUGCCUUCAAAGGUUCCUUCGUGAACCCUGAUUUCAAUUGCCCCCUUCAACAUGUAUAAGUUACUUUGUUGCUUGUGUAUGAAUAUUUUAGUCUCUAUAGAUAUGUGCUUUAAUUAGCAAGUGUUAUAUGGUGAAAUGAAUAGCAUGUAUAGAUCUGUUAAAAUACUACUAAGAUAGCAUUUGAUGAAAUUAAUACACAAUAUAUGAUGUUAUAGUUCACAAAGUACAGCAUCCUUCAACUAUUGGAUUUGCCACUGUUCCGAUUUAAGGGUGAAGUAGAAACUUUUAUUUUCUCACAUGUUAUAGUACCUUUAGAUCUAGUAGUGUGGGUGAUUAGGUGUGGAGUAGUAGAGUUGAUGGUGGUGCUAAUUGAGGCAGUUGCAUUUGCACUUGAACAUGCAUCUCUUGCAGUCAGAGAGUGUAGGGUAGCCGCCUUUGUUGCAGUCGCACUUGCUGAUGCAAUCGGGCCUUGAACCCCCACCCCACAAGCACCGAGCCAUGCAGUGCAGGAUUGGGGUGCAUGAGGGACAUGAACUUCUCAUCUGGUUCACUAUGCAGUCCUUGCACCCCAUACCAUCUGACGGCAUGCAACUCAGUGCAGGGGAAGCCAUAACCACUACCAUUAUCACCAACACCGCUUCUACUUGGACCCCCAUUGCAUUCUUCUUUGCCUCCAUAUUAACCAGAGUUACCAAGUUAUUCUUUUAGGUAUCUAUCUAUAUACCAGUUUCAGAAGCUAGUAUAUAAAUUUGGGGAAACAGUUUAAGGUAAGACUGAAUUUAAGAUCCAUAUGAGGGCAUCGAAAAGUGGGGAUGCAUUCAUUUGGAGAGGGUUGCCUGAUACUGAUAUUAAACUCGCACUUGCUCU